UUUCGCGGGCUGCAAGGACAAAGAAGCGGGAACAAGAAAGUCAUUCCGCUGGCAGCUCUCCCUCUCUACUUCUCUGUCAACUAUGCUACAGCGAGAGACUGAGCCUAAACAGAGUCUGUCACUUUAGUGAAUUUUUAGAUACAGGAUUACCUAUUAAAAAAUUUUUUAUUCUCAACAAAAGAAACAAAAUGAGGGGCUUGUCGUUCUGGAUUUGGCUGCUUCCGUUGCUUUCCUUUCUCGAGUGCGGUUUGAGGGCAGCAAGCGGGAGCGAUGUGACUGACAGUAUUUCAUAAAUAGUACAUGUUUGCUUUUGAUCCUGUUGUACUCCUGAUUUUCUGUGUCACAAGUUGAAAGAAGGUGAAAAAUAAGCAUCACAAUGAGGCGCCGCCUUUGGGAGCUUUGCGCUCUCUUCUGCGGCGCGAUCUUGACGACGACGACCAGCCAUGCUUUCAUGCUUGCGCCUUUUGUUCACGAUAAAGCGGAUGGCAAAGGAGAGGUCUCAGCGCCGCACGAACAGCAAAUCGACCGCAGUUUGUCACCUGUAGUUGUUGUACCAGCUUCAUCCACUCAGAAACAAAAGCAGCACCAGGAUCAUGCUGCUCCUCCUUCUUUUAUCCAGAUCGAGGCAAAAGUAGAACAACAUCAAGGCUUUCCUUCGUGCAAAAGCGACUGUCGAAAGUGCGAGCAACUGGUCAAAGAACUGACGACUGCGAAGAACGGGGAAAAAUGCGCGCAGUGCUCCACCUGCAUGAAGAGCGGCGCCGCGCGGUCGCACGGACCGCCCGCCUGCGGACAGGAGUGCGGCAAGUGCGGAACCAGUGGGGAAAGACUGCUCGCCUCCUGCCAGCCGUGCCACGACUGCAAGGUCGCGGGCCGGCCGGUAGUGGUGGCGGAGUUGGAGAAGUGAAAUCGGAAGAACAAGCGACAGACAGUGCUAGCAGAGGAUUCCUCGUCAUGGAAUCAUGCAAAUGCAAAAUCAAAACAGCAUAUUUACAAUGGCAAGCUCAUCUCAAUUUCAUCCUGAUCGGAAUUAUCGACGAUCCGAAUUCUGUCAGAUCAAGCUCGUCAACAUCAUCCAGCAUGUGACUUCUCCUCACAACAAAACAAACAAAAACAGUGCUCACCAAGACCCUGUUGAAUUGCCCGUUGUGUGCCGACAAAGAGCCUUGCUUCGUCGAUUGCAAAGCCAGUGGAGCCGGGUGGGACAAGUGUCUGCAACGGUGUUUGGGUGACAACCCCAUGAUGCUCGACAUGUUUUCCCACAUGACCGAGAAACUGCAGGCAAGAAAGCAGGCGAUGGUGGGCACCACGACGGGUGGUCAGGCCGAAGCGUCAAAACACGAUUUUUCCGCCACAACUGCUGCCGCUGGCGGGAUGAAGAAAAAGCCUUUGAUUUUGGAGGGAAAACCUCUGAAGUCGUUCGGACGGGAGCUGUGAGCAGGGCGGAAGGAUUGCUGAGCGAAAUUGUCUGAUAUUUUUUUCCAUCUGAUAAAGAACAAAAACUUUUUUCCACCUGCUUGCGUAGGUAAGUAAGUACUUCUACC